AAACUGAGAGUGGAAACGAUAACAAACAUGUCAACAAAGAGACUCGCCAGGGAGUUGGGAUUGAUCAGGAAACGGAGUCGGUCCUCCAGCAUCCACAAACGAUCAUCAACAUCAAAUCAGUUCUUCUCGUAUCUGAUCGUGAUUGAUUUCGAGUCGACGUGCUGGAGAGAGAAAAAUGACUUCGGCCAGGAGAUCAUCGAGUUUCCCGCCGUCCUGCUGAACGCCGCUAGCGGGGAGACGGAGUCGGAGUUCCACUCGUACGUGCAGCCGCAGGAGCGCCCGGUCCUGUCGUCCUUCUGUACAGAGCUCACGGGCAUCACGCAGGAGCGGGUGGAGGCGGGGCUUCCUCUGCCGGUCUGUCUGUCCAGGUUUGCUCGCUGGAUCCAGGGCCUGCAGCGGGAGAAGGGCGUGGCGUUCCUCACCCAGACGCCCCCGCCUACCGCUGACGAUGGGGCACCGGUGAAACACUGCAGCUUCGUCACCUGGUCGGACUGGGACCUGGGUGUGUGUUUGCUGUACGAGUGUAAACGCAAGCAGAUCACAAAGCCAGAGGUUCUGAACAGCUGGAUCGACCUCAGAGCCGCGUACCGGAUUUUCUACAACAGAAAACCCAAAGGUCUGAACGGAGCCCUGCAGGACCUGGGCAUCACGUUCAGCGGGCGAGAACACUCGGGUCUGGACGACGCCCGUAACACCGCCCGCCUGGCCUGGCGGAUGAUCGGCGACGGCUGCGUCCUGAAAACCACCAGGUCUCUGAGCAGGGCACCGCUGAGGUCCGGACCGUCGACCGAACAGGGGCGUGGUCACAAGAGCGCGUGUACCGACGCCGCACGCUCGUCCGAUCGGACCGCCGUCUCCAACACACACCCAGUGUCGACUACACACACCGCUACGACUACACACUCGAGUGUGUGUCGGAGUCUGGUACGGCCGCGGACCGUCCUCUCCGCCCUCACCACCCCGGGGUGCGUACACACGACCGUCGUCACACCCCAGACACACCCUGAGGCGCCGAGCUCCGAUGGGUCGGACGAGUACCUGCUGACGGAGGCGGAGUCCGGUUCCUAUGACGACGUGGUGCUGGAGGACGCUAACGCAGAGGCUUCUACAGACGCACCGGACAAGACACGCCCACUUCACGCUGUUCCUCCAAUCAGAGACCCGCACAGGUCGCUGACUCGCCCCGGAGUUCCAAAAACUACAACUCCCAGCAUUCCUUUCUCCAUCUACAUCGACCAAUCAGAUCGCUCCUCCUCUUCGGCGACGUUUCGAGUUCCGUCCGCGGUUCUGGCGCCUAGUGUCAACCAAUCAGCUCGCAGGACAGGUUCCAGUAACCAAUCAGCUCCUCUUACUGUCCACCAAUCCGUACAUUUGUCCUCAUUCACUAACCAAUCAGCUCUCAAUUCAAUCUCUGUCAACCAAUCAGCUUCCUCCGUCUGUUCUAUAAACCAAUCAGCUCUCUCCUCCAGUUCCAUCAACCAAUCACGUUCCAUUAUCUCUGGCAACCAGUCAGCUCUCUCUUCUAGCUCUGUUAACCAAUCAUCACUGUCUUCUUUCUCCGGCAACCAAUCAGCUCUCUCCUCCAGCUCUUCUGUAAACCACUCUUCACUCUCACGCUCCAAAAACCAAUCAGCUCUCUCCUCCAGCUCUCUCCACCAAUCGGCUCUCUGCUUCUCCAAGCGCUCGUCCCUCCCCCCUCAGAGGGGCGGGGUUAAGAUCACGUCCCCCCUGUGUGACUGUGGGCGUCGCUCCAAGAGGUUAACGGUGUGUAACGGGGGGCCCAAUCAGGGCCGGGCGUUCUACACCUGCGCCGUGAGGAGAAGCUCCGGCCCCGCCCCUCUUAACCCCGCCCCUCUGAACCCCGCCCCUCGGAGUAAAGGCUGCGGCUUCUUCAAGUGGGAGUCGGCUCUGGUGAAAUCCUCGCUCCCUAUUGGUCGGAACUCGUCGUCGCUCAGCUUCAGUGUGAGCACCGCCGCCUCCAGGAGCUUCCGCUGAUGUGUGAGAAAGUUUGUGCCCCCCUGUACGGUCACUGUACACGCACACGCACACAACACGACACGACACGUGCUUCCUCCUGCUCAUCUCAGACUGCACAGCUCCCAGCAGUUACAGUGUUUAAUCUUCAGCAAAUCAGAACUCAGAAACGUUUUUAAUGUUUAAUAAUAAUAAACACACACAGACGGAGCUGCUGUAUAAAAGAUGAAUUAUUUCUAUAGUAGAAUUUUAUCCUCUGACUGGAAUAAUGAACUGAUUUAUUUUACUGUUUGUUUUGAUUAAACUCAUUUUUAAUCUCUG